GUUCUUCCUUCUCAUGCACUUCGCUGUUUAGACUUUGCUGCACCUAGACUUGUUGGUUGAUUCAUGUUUGGACGACUCAAUCAGGUUGCUAGACAACUGUCUCGCCCAUUGCCUAACUUUGCGCACCGGCCUGCGGCUUCUUUUGGCCAAUCGAUAACGUCAUCAGUCAUGGCUGCACCACAGCAAAAGAGUCUAAUCCACACGGCAGGAUGCCUGAUCAUAGGGGAUGAAGUGCUAGGAGGAAAGACUGUCGAUACAAACUCGGCAUAUUUUGCAAAAUGGUGUUUCUCGCUGGGCAUCAAUCUGCGCAGAGUCGAGGUGAUUGCGGAUGACGAGGGCGAGAUUGUUGAGGCAGUCCAACGCAUGUCGAAGAACUAUGAUAUGGUGGUGACAAGUGGUGGCAUUGGACCCACUCACGACGAUAUCACCUACCAAUCGAUAGCGAAGGCGUUUGGCUUGCAGUUGAAGCUGCACGAACCGGCGUUUGAGCGGAUGAAGCGUCUUUCGAAGCCGCACAAGUCACAGCCUGGCUUUGACUGGAAUGUGGAUUCUCCUGCGCUGACGGCUAAGAAGCGCAUGGUUGAGCUGCCGAUUGACGAGUCGUUGGCGGACGAAGACCAAGUAGUCUUUAUCGAUGAUUCGCUGUGGGUGCCGGUUAGCGUGGUUAAUGGCAAUGUCCACAUCCUGCCUGGUGUGCCACGACUUUUUGAAGCCAUGUUGGACGGACUGAAGCCCCACAUCCUGCCGCGUCUGACGGACCCGGAGGGCAAAGGGGUAUUGCGCAUUUUGAUUUCGACGCCACUGGCUGAAAGCGCCGUUGCGGGAUACCUGACAGAACUUGCAGCGAGGGCGGAGCCAAGGGGGGUCAAGGUUGGCAGUUAUCCAAGAUGGGGCAAGGAUCGCAAUACAGUGACGCUGGUUGGUCGGGACCGUGAGUUUAUGGAGAGCCUGGUGCCUGAGGUGGAAAAGGCAGUGGAGGGGAGGCGGGUCAGUGUAGAGGGCGAGGACGACGGCGAGAUGUCGGACAAGGAUUCGUAGACAGUGAUGUGGUACAUGGUAGUCAAUGUAGUCAAUGUGUAUGUAAGUACAUAGUAUGUAGAUAGUAUGCAUAUGUAUAUUUAUAUAUAGCACAACCGAGGGAUGGACUGAUGCAGGGACGUGUGGAGGAAUGUCAAGUAGUAGUAGUAGUGGUGGUGGUAGGAAGCAGCUGGCAGCUAGGCACCUUCUCGAAGACAGAUGGAAGCCGUACCUCCACACACGGGCAGCAGACCCUGGCACUGGCACAUGGGAAGGGGGGGGGCGGGGUGAUAAGGGAGUGAUAGAAGGGGGC